AUGAGCUGGAACUUCGGCGUGUUUGUGGUGGCUCAGAGCCGCCAGGCGGGUCGGGUCUGGGAAAUGGGCCACGAUGAUCACGACGCCGUCAAGGCGGCCAAGAUACGCGACGUGAACAUGAGUAAGCUGCCUUCGUUGAACACGCACGUGGCCACCCGAUUGCUGCGAGGGGAGAGAGGGGAUAUGCGCCUCGACGUGGUGUCCAAGGCUGCGCGCGCGGCCGCGCGCUUCUCAUCCUCGGCCCGGUUCCAGAGCCAGCAGUUCCGCACGGCCCAUGCCUCGGCCGCGCUCCGCGCCGCGCUGGUCGUGGAGGCCGGCCAGUCCCAGCACGCAAUGACCGCUACGGGCGAUGAGCCGGAGGAGAAGGCGUGCUGCGCCAAGAAGGACACGAAGCCCGUGGACCCACAGGUGUCCACGCUAGCCACACUCAAGGAGGUGGUGGCCAAGCUCAAUCGCAUCGAGAGCGCCGUGGCUAACCCGCACCGUCACACUGACUGUCUGAACCCUGGUGUGGACGUGGUGCUGGGGGCUCCAUGGGGGGAUGGAGGCAAGGGUAAGCUGGUGGACAGCUUAUCCCAAUCGUAUGAUGUCAUUCUGCGCGUGGCCGGUGGUUCCAAUGCUGGCCACACCAUCGUGCACGAAGGCAAGAAGUACAAGUUCCACCUAGUGCGGUCAGGAAUUCUCAACCCAAAUGCCGUGUGCAUCAUUGGCAACGGCGUCGUGGUGCACUUGCCGAGUCUGCUACAAGAACUGGAAGAGCUGAAGCAGGCCGGCAUCGACUACGAAGGCCGCAUUCUCAUCUUGGACCGCGCGCACAUGGUGCUCGACCUGCACCAGGAAGUGGACGGCAUCAACGAGCUGCGCCGCGGCCGCAACAAGAUCGGCACGACCAAGAAGGGCAUCGGUCCGGCCUACUCGUCCAAGAUGCUGCGUAACGGCGUGCGCGUGGGCGACCUGCGCUACUUCGACGACUUCUCGGAGAAGAUGCGCGACCUGGUCAAGUUCUACAAGGACAACUACCCGGAGCUGGAGGCGGACGCCGAGGCCGAGAUCAAGGCGUACAGCGACAUCAAGGACAAGAUCCUGGACAUGACCGUGGACACGGUCUCGUACCUGAACAACGCCUACGUGGCGGGCAAGAAGAUCCUGGUGGAGGGCGCCAACGCUACCAUGCUGGACAUUGACUUCGGCACGUACCCGUACGUGACGUCGAGCAACCCGAGCAUCGGCAGUGUGUGCACGGGCGGCGGCAUCUCUCCGAACCGCCUGAACGGCAUCAUCGGCAUCGUGAAGGCGUACUGCACUCGUGUUGGUGAGGGUCCGUUCCCGACGGAGCUGCACGACAAGGUCGGCGAGCACCUGGGCACGGUUGGUGCCGAGUUCGGUACGACCACUGGCCGCGCCCGUCGCUGCGGCUGGCUCGACAUCCCGCAGAUGCGCUACUCCAACAUGGUGAACGGCUUCACGGAGCUGAACCUGACCAAGCUGGACGUGCUGACGGGCCUGGAGAAGGUCAAGAUCGGCGUGGCGUACUGGCACAAGGGCAAGAAGCUGGACGGCAUGCCGUCGAACCUGCAGCUGCUGCAGGACUCCGUCGUGGAGUACGAGGAGAUGGACGGCUGGUCCGAGGACAUCUCCAAGUGCAAGACGUUCGAGGAGCUGCCCGUGGCCGCGCAGAAGUACGUGCUGCGCGUGGAGGAGCUCCUGGGCACGCACAUCAAGUGGAUCGGCGUGGGUCCGGACCGCUUCGACGUGAUCACGCGCCCGCACCCGCUGGAGAAGGCCUACGCCUCCUCCAACUAG